CCUUGAACAUUUGGGAUUGUGUUGUUUUGAGUGGUUUAUGAGGAACUUCCGCCGGAACUGUAUGUAGUUGACUGUGGGAAUCAUUACGUUUUCAACAGCUGUUGUUAGUUUAUAGGAGCUGACAUAAAACAAUGGGAGUACAGGGCCUUUGGAAAUUGUUGGAAAGCAGUGGAAGGCCGAUUGACCCAGAAACUUUAGAAGGAAAAAUUCUUGCUGUUGAUAUUAGCAUUUGGUUAAAUCAAGCAAUUAAAGGUGCAAGAGACCGCCAUGGCAAUGCCAUACAGAAUGCCCACCUCCUUGUUCUGUUCCAUCGACUCUGCAAGCUGCUUUUCUUUAGGAUUCGGCCUAUUUUUGUGUUUGAUGGAGAUGCUCCUUUGCUGAAAAGACAAACAUUGGCCAGUCGAAGACAGAGAAAGGCUGAAGCAGCUGAUGAGUCAAAGAAGACUACAGAGAGGAUCUUCAAAACAUUUUUGAAGAGACAAGCUAUAAAAGCUGCCUUAGGAAGUAGAAGCAAUGAAGUGAUGCCUAGCCUUUCCCAGGUGAGACGAGAUGAAGUUGAUAUUUAUGAUCUACCUCCCUUGGAAGAAAAAGAUGCCAACAGCUCAGAGGAAGAAUCAGAGAGAGAAUGGGAAGAAAAAAUGAAACAGAAGCAACUUUUCCAGGAAGAAUUUUUUGACAAUCCCAAUUCUGUAGACAUCGAUUCUGAAGAAUUUUCUGCCUUACCUCCAGAGAUGAAGCAUGAAAUCUUGACAGAUAUGAAGGAAUUUUCAAAGAGAAGAAGAACAUUAUUUGAAGCCAUGCCUGAGGAAUCUACGGAUUUCUCUAGCUACCAAUUAAGUGGAUUGUUGAAAAGGAACACACUGAACCAGCGAAUCUGUGAUGUUGAGAAGGAGAUGAAUCAUCAGCACUCUGGGCAAAUUGAAAAACAAUACUGCAGUGAGGGAGGGUUUGUGAAGGAAUUUGAAACCAGGAGGCUUGUCUCUGAAGAUACCUCUCAUUAUAUUUUGAUUAAAGGAGUUCAGUCCCAGAAAGGCCAUGAAGAAAGUGAAAAAGAAGCAUCUGAAUCUGUAGUCUUGUUUUCUAAACAAGAAGUUUGCUCUCAUGAUCCUUUAAGUGAUAAGGAUACCCAUUCAGAACUCACCCUACCAGUAGAUUCAAGGACAGCAAAUGUAAACCUAGCUUCCCCAAGAACUUUAAGUACUAUUGAGGCCACAGUUUUAGAAAGCAGCUCAGAUGAUGAAUGUGAAAAAUUAAUCCCUUGUCAAGAAGCACAAGACUCUUCUCACAGUAAUGAUGAAGGCAACAUGUCACCACGGACCUUGCAGGCUAUUCAGUACUCACUAACUGAUGAUGGUGACACGGGAGCUGUUAUUGCAGAAGGUAACAUGACUCAGUAUAGGUCAUAUGUGUCUUCAGAAGUUGAGGGAAGUGUAUCACCAAGAACUCUGUAUGCGAUUCAGCAAGCUCUGGAAGACGAUGAAAAAGAAGUUACACAGCAUGGUAUCAUUUCUUUACAAGAAACGCUUAUCACUGUUAGUAGCUCUGAUAAGGAAGACAGAAUCACAGAAAAUAAUAAAAAUAUGACAGAUUCUUUCAGCUCUUCACAUUGUAUACCAAGAUUUCCUAACACUGGUACGAUUUCCCCAGUUAAUGUGUGUGGUAAGCCUGAAAACACAGGUACUGAAAAGACUGAGAAAGCAGCAGAUCAUCAGCAUUCAACUUUUACUAUAAGUUGUAUCUUAAAGGAUACUUAUAAAACAGCUGAGCCAUCAUGUGCUGUAUCUGAUAUUGUUAGUGUUUCAAGCGUAAGCAGCAGCCAGCCUGUAAAGUCCACCGCAUUAAUGCCUUUUUCAUGUAAAAUGGAAAAUGCAGCAAGUUCUUCACAUUUACCACUUCAAAGGUAUGUUUCAGACACAGUUUGUGAAGGAGAAAAUGGCCUAGCUAAUGGUGACAUUGCUGAGAAGAUCCCACAAGAAAAGAAUCCAGGGGAGAUGGCACAAGGAAUGGCUUUGUCUAGAGUUCAGCUUCCUACAAUUCAAACAACAACAGAUGAAAGUGAUUCAGAAGGCAGCUUCAUAGAAGUGGUAACUGAUACACAGAUGGAAGAUACAGACAAUUUUUUUCAACCUAAACGUUUUGAAAUGGGGCAGUCUAAUAGUGAAACCAGGGUGCCCAUGUCUUCCAGAGAAUCAGACUCUGAAGGUGUCAGUGACAGUGGUGGAGAGGAAAAAGGAGAUAGUGUCUUGGACUGCGCUGAAGAAGUGGAAGUGGCCAUUCAGCAGAAAGUGGCAGAACAAGAACCAGCUGUAAAUGACUGGGACGAUAUUGAUCUGGAAGGUCUUGAAGCCAUGGAAAAUAAUUUGUUUGUCCAGCAAAGCAAUCUUCAGCACCAAAAGCAGCAGCAAGAACGCAUUGCAGCUACUGUCACUGGUCAGAUGUACUUGGAAUGUCAGGAGCUUCUACGUCUUUUUGGCAUCCCUUACAUCGUGGCUCCUAUGGAAGCUGAAGCUCAGUGUGCUUUCCUCGACCUAACAGAUCAGACUGCUGGAACCAUCACUGAUGAUAGUGAUAUUUGGCUGUUUGGAGCACGGCAUGUUUAUAAGAACUUCUUUAGUCAAAACAAGUAUGUGGAAUACUACCAGUUUGUGGAUUUCCACAAUCAAUUAGGUUUAGACAGAAGAAAACUUAUUAAUUUGGCUUAUCUGUUGGGAAGUGACUACACUGAAGGAAUCCCAGGUGUAGGGUUUGUGACAGCUAUGGAAAUCCUGAAUGAGUUUCCGGGACAUGGCAUGGAACCGCUCUUAAAACUAAAGGAGUGGUGGACUGAAGCUCAGAAAAACAAAAGAAUUCGACCAAACCCCUAUGAUACAAAAGUAAAGAAGAAACUGAGAGGCGUGCAGCUUCCUCCUGGCUUUCCUAAUCCUGCUGUUGUCGAAGCAUAUCUGAAGCCUGAAAUAGAUGAUUCAGAGGAGUCUUUUUCCUGGGGUAGACCAGAUCUGCAGGAAAUCAGAGAAUUUUGCGAGAAUCGUUUUCGUUGGAGGAAGACAAAAACAGAUGAGGUGUUGUUGCCAGUAAUGAAGAGGCUCAAUACUCACCAGACACAGUUGCGAAUUGACUCAUUCUUCAGAGUGGAACAGCAUGAAAAGCAGGCAAUUAAAAGCCAGCGGCUUCGUAGAGCUGUGAUCUGUAUGCGCAGGAAGGAGAAGGAGGGUGAACAUCACAAGGUGAAGGAGACAAAUGAUGCACUGGAAGAAAGAUUGAAAACACCAGUAAAAGAUAAGAAAAACAAAUCAACCCAGUGUAAUACAAAAGGGCAGACUGAGUCAUAUUCACUUGGGAUUAAAAGAAAGAGACCAUCAGGAAAAAAUCACAAUGUGGUAGAAGAUGCAGGAGGUUUUGUUGGAUCAAUAAAUGCAUUAAAUCAAUCAGUUGCCUCUUCUGAAGAUGAUUCAGAAGAUGGAGUAAUAACCACUAGAGUGAAGGAGAAGUCAUGUGAAAAAUAUAUACCAAUUAAGGUAGAUGUUAAAAGAACAGAAGAAAAAGACAGGAAUAACAGAGACACUCUUGAAGAUAUUAGCUCCAGUGAAGAAGAUAGUGAAGAGGAAAAUAAAGUUAUGGUUACUGCCAAACCUGUUUUUGAAAACAAAACAUCUGAUACAAAAAAAAGUAGAGGAAGUAGAACAAAAAAACAAAAAAGACCAUAAGAUGUGUCAUUUGAUAAAAAGAACUGGAGUAUGCAUGUCAUGAAUUCAGCUGUUUUCUACUUGUGAACAUUUUCUGAUGCAUCCUGUUUUGUAACAAUAUAUAUAAAAUCACUAAAUGUAAUGUUGCAUUCUGACAUUCUGAUAUAAGUGUAAAGAAAUUAACUGUAUAUGUUUUACUAGCAUGUGAAGUAAACACAUCUGUACAUUAUAGUAUACUGGUAUGCCCUUAAGGGGUCAUUCGCAUUUAUCCCAUGGAUCUUCUUUACAGGAGGUUUAAGAUAUUACACAGUGAAGAGUGUAGCUUGUCUGGGUCUUUCCUACUGCUUUAAUGAAUGGUUUGUCUGUGUGACCUUUUUACCA